GGAGAAGGAGAAGAAGAAGCAGAAACAGAAUGAAUAGGGGGACAAAUAGUCCAUGUUGCAAGUGAUCUGACAUAAUGUCAACAACAUGAAACCUCAUGUUAAUGGAAUCUGUAUAACGUUGAUAGGCUUUCUGGGGUGAUGAUAAGAGAUUAGUGCAGAAAAAAAAGAACGCAAAAAACGAUGGAGGAGGAGACUUUCGUAGCUGUAGCACGCCACAGAGCCUGCACUACCUCUAAUGCUUGCGUACAAACGGUUCUCUGGUGUAGCGCUGAACAUCCUCUGUUUGAAUAGUGAUGACUAGGUGCGCGUCCGCGCUAGUUGAUUUCCGGGCUUUGGGACCGUGGGGAACCCGUUCCUACAGGUAGAGUGCGCAGCAGCUAUCCUACCUCAGUGCGCCUCGCAGACUUCACGGAGCUGUUGUUCAUCACGCUCUAACCGCGAGCAGCGAUGCGGUGAAUAACUACAAGCCACGAGCCAUGGGACCGAGCAAACACGGAGUUCUCUUGCAAGUGCGCAGCCAACUAUAAACGGUCGGGUUUCGCCUUCAAACCCGCAGAAAGAGAGGAAACACCGACUUCCAUCCCGUUUCAAGGAUGUUCUUCCCAGAUGUGUCUUUUUCAGCCAUAAAUUACGCACUAGUGUUGGGAUUAACGUGCUUGACCGUCUUCACCAACUUCACCAAGAGCUCCGCCGAGUUCUCAGGUUACCUGUCCAAAGUGCUGAGGAACUACACGGAACAGGCCUGCGACGGAGACUUCCUGUCUGUUCGCUGCCCGCCCCGCACCACCAUCACCGUCCAAUCAGCCUUCUACGGGAGGAGAGGCCCUGCCUACUCGCAGCCGUGUCCCGCCCCCCUGUCGGUCCUCAGCGGGGCUCGGCCAAUAGCAGAGGAGACUCCGUGUCAUGUGUCCACCUCACUGCAGGUAAGCAGGCUUAAGAUAAGGUGCAUAGGAUGAUAAUGCAUGUAAGCAGUGUAACAUAACUGUAAAUACGUGGUGUGUGUGAGAUGCCCUGCUGAUGUAUUUCUCCGAUGGCUUAUUGAUUUGAAGUGACUGAUCAGAUCAGAUCAGUGACAGAAAGACGUGACACAGACAUAUUUUUGACCAAAAUCGAUUGCUGUCGGACAGUGGUAGGUCCUAGAGUCCAAGUGCAGAUAAAGUACCCCUCCCCAUCAUCCAAGCUCUUCCCAGAUUCCAAGAGU